CCCGACCCCGCCCCAAUUCCCCCCCUCCCGUUCCCCUCCUCCAACGCCGCCGCCGCCGCCAUGGCGGGGCUCGCCGACGAGUUCUUCCUCGGCAUCGACGAGGACGGCCCGGGGUCGCUCGGGGAGCCCUCCUACCUCUCCUUCUCCGACGCCUCUGAGGAGGAGGAGCACCACUUCACCCACUCCGACAUCUCCCCCGACUUCGACAUCGAAUCUCAAACCCUAACCCCCGCCCCGGGCUCCCCCUUCUCCUUCGACUCCGACCACGACCUCGACCUCGACCUCAGCCUCGGCCUCGGCCGCCUCUCUCCGUCCUUCCUCCGGAUGCGGAGCCCCUCCCCGGCCCGCUCCCCGCCCUUCUGGGACUGCCUCGAGGAGGACCUCGCCGACGACCUCGCGGACGGCCUCGAGUGGGAGGAGAUCGCCGACGCCGACGACGCCGGGGACGCCUCCGUCCCUGGGGGUGGCGGUGGGGGCGGGGCGGGAGGAGGGGGCGACGCCGAUGCCGACGUGUUCGGCUUCCUCAGCGAGCGGGAGAUCCUGGGCGUCAUGGAGGGGAUCGACAGCGGGGAGGACGAGUCCAUGUUCUCCGACGAGCCGCCCUUUGAUUUCGGCGACGAGGGCCCGGAGCUCGACGACAUAUUCCGGAGCGUCGGCUGGGAGGUGCUGCCGGUGCCGCUGGAUGACGACGAGUUCGAGGUGCUGCCGGGGCAUAUGGCGGACGUGACGGUGGGGGGCGCGCCACCUGCAGCGCGGGCGGCAGUGGAGCGGCUCCAGGUGGUGGCGAUCAGUGGGGAGGAGGCCGCCCAGGGAUGCGCCGUGUGCAAGGACGGGAUCGUGCAGGGGGAGCUCGCCACGCGGCUGCCGUGUGCACACUUCUACCAUGGGGCGUGCAUUGGGCCAUGGCUCGCCAUACGCAACUCAUGCCCGGUGUGCCGUUACGAGCUGCCCACUGAUGACCCCGACUAUGAGCAGCGGCGGGCGAGGCGGCGUUCUGCUGGUGGUUCCACAGCACAGUUGGGCACACCUAUGCAGAUGUGAGCAUGGGUUGCUUGGUGGCAUCUCUUGGUUGCAAUCCCAUCCAAGUUAUGUGAGAAACCUCACUCUCUUGACUCGCUCAGUUAGGAUGCUUGGAGGUUGCUAGGGUCAUACUUCUUUGGUUUUUAAGUGUCAGAUUGAUGUAGCGGUUCUGAACUUCUGAUUGGGACUUGAUUGGUAAGAACAAUUGUUAGAGCUUCUGUAUAUAUGUCGUGCUGCUUCAAUAACACAGAAAACCAAUUCACUCA